AUGGAGAAAGAGGAUCGGGAGCUGCUGGUGGCCGUUACUUGGGCAAUUUGGAAUGCUCGAAAUGACCGUGUUUGGCAAAAUAAAUUCAAGUCUCCCGAAAACAUUGUUACGUCAGCAAAAAGUUACCUUUCUCAAUGGAAACAUGCUCACUUUUCUGGUUUUGAGCUCCUGGCUGCUGGUUUAAACCAAGGUGAUGGAGCCGAGCAUUGGGUGCCUCCAAGUGAAAAUAAUGUAAAGGUUAACGUUGACGCAGCGAUCUUCGAAGGUUCUCAACAGUUUGGAGUUGGUUGGGUAGCAAGAGAUCAUCGGGGCCUAUUCAUCCAUGGCCAUACAAGGUUAUUCAAUGUUCAAUCUACACCAGAACUGGCAGAGGCUGUAGGAAUUAGGGAGGCUUUAAGCUGGAUUAAAGACAGCGGAAUGCAGCAAGUGGUGCUCGAGACGGACUGCUUAUCAGUUGUUCAAGCCUUAAGAAGUUCAAUUGUUAUGAUUUCCACGUUUGGUCAAGUGGUUAAUGAGUGUAAGGCGUUGCUUAAUGUUUUAAAAAAUGUUUCUAUUUAUUUUAUUCGUCGAUCAGCAAAUAUGGUGGCUCAUGAGUUCGCUCGAGCCUCUGUAUCCUUCCCUGAUUGUAAUUUCAGUAUGGACACUGUUCCAACUGUUUUGUUACCUGUUUUGGUAACUGAUAUGGUUAUCUAAUAAAGUUAAAUUUCCAUUCAAAAAAAAAAAAAAAAAAAAAA